UUUUUCAUGUCUAUUGUAGCACACAACCUGUUCACACAUACGGAUUGACAACUCUUAAUAAUCUUCCGAAUGUCUGUUUUCGUAACUCAUUCAUAAUAACAAUACGAGUGAAAAGGAAGAUUUAGCUCCAUAGUGUAAUCAAAUAAUUUAUUGUAAUCUAAAUUUUUAGUGUGAGUUUCAAGUGGGUGUUUUUGUUUAUAACUGAUUCUCUACGGUUUAUUUUAGUCUGACUACAAGUGGUAAUUGUUUUAGUUUUUAUCUUUUGCUGUUGUAUUAUGAUCUCGCCCAUUUUGGCGUUUUAAAUACUAUAUCCGGAAAUCAACAGUUGUCAUCAAUAUGAGAAAAAGAGAAGACAUGCAAGUUAAUGUAGCUGGCCUUAGGAGAAAUAUAAAAAAUAUUGCUCAUAACUAUUCUGAAGCUCAAGUUAAAGUACGUGAAGCAACCAGUAAUGAUCAGUGGGGACCAAGUAGUACACUUAUGGCUGAAAUUGCAGAUUUAACUUAUAAUGUAGUGGCAUUUUCUGAAAUUAUGGGAAUACUAUGGAAACGCUUGAAUGAUCAUGGACGCAAUUGGCGACAUGUCCAUAAAGCCCUUAUUCUUUUAGAGUACUUGAUUAAAACUGGCAGUGAAAAAGUUGCUCAACAAUGUAAAGAAAAUCGUUUUGCAAUUAAAACUUUAGAAACAUUUCAACAUAUUGAAGAUAAUAAAGAUAAAGGUCAAAGAGUACGAGAUACUGCAACACAAUUAGUUGCUUUACUAGAUGACGAUGAGAAGUUAAAGACUGAAAGAGCCAGAGCAAUAAAAGCUAAAGAAAGAUCAGUUCAAAAAAUUUCUAAUUUUGGGAGUGAUGGCAAUACUACUCCUCAGAGCCCUAAGUAUCCUUUGUUCAGAGAUUCUUAUGGCUUAUAUGAUACAAGACCACCUGUAAAGGCUGAACUUGAAAGUGCACGACCUCAAACUGCUGGUGAAGAAGAAUUACAAUUACAGUUAGCUUUAGCAAUGUCAAGAGAAGAGGCUGAACAAGAAGAGCAAAAAAGACGUAGUGAUGAAGUACGCUUGAAGCUUGCACUAUCACAAAGUGAAAAUGAAUUUAAACAAUAUUUAAGUAGUGGUUCUGACUCUGGAGCUAAUAGUAGCAAUGACCGAAGCAAUAAUAUGUUAGACUUAUUGGGGAUUGACUUAGAUAAUACAGAUAGUGAUAAGAAUGGUGCAACCACAGCAGUAUCAGAUCCAUGGGGGAUGCCAAUAAAGACACAACCUCAACCUUUAAAUUGGUCUAAUGGAGAUAGUUCCACAUCAGCCCAUAUCUCGGAUCCAUGGUCACCGAUUACACACAAGCAGCCUAUUGCAUCAGCCUCCCAUGUUUUGCCAAAUGUGCUAAAUGAAAAUGUAGAUCCUUGGCAAUCGACAGCUAGUGGUUUAUCAGCAUCUGAUCCAUGGGCACCUGCUACAUCUGCUCAUACUACCAUUAAUUCAAAUCAAGAAUUUGAUGAAUUUACACUUUUAGGAAAUAGAUCACAAACUAAAUCAAUCAAUUCUGACCCAUUUGAUUUAUCUCAUAUAAAUAAUGAACUAUUAUCUACUUCUACAUCAAAUUCAGGUAAAAAGACCCCUCAUAGCUUUCUUGGAGAAAAUUCAGCUUUGGUAAAUUUAGACAAUUUAGUAACUGCUCCUGUUAAUCCACCAAUGGUUACACAAGUGCGACCAACUGGUAUGGUCAAUCCUUUUGGUUUAACACCACAGCCAGCUUUUAUGACUCAACCAUCUACUACAACUUCAGCUUAUGGUAAUGCUUCUUCUUCAUCAUUGCCUCCACCACUUGUACCAUCUCCUAAUCCUUUUUUAUCGUAGCAACUAAACAAAUUAUCUUUAAAUUAAUUCUUAAAUAAUUAAUAAUGGUUUGAAUUUCUUUUAUUAUUGUUUCAAUUUUCCAAAAUUACACCUGUAAACAGUUUUAUUUAUUUAUUUUUUUAUCAAAAUAACUAUGAGAUAAGAUUAACAUGAAAAGAGCUAGAAAAUAACACUUGGAAUUUAAUAAAAAUAAAUAAAUUUUAAGUUAAAUAUUUAUGAAAUAUCAUUGUUAUAUUUUGUAAGUAUGGAGUAGUUUUGAUCUAUCAGAAAUUUUAGUCUAGAAAGCAUUUGUAUAAAACUAGUGUUAACACAAUUGGUAAAUUAUUUACAAAAUUUUUUAUUUUUUGUCACGUAAUUAAAUAAUAAUUUGUCCAUGUAUACAAUAUACCGCUAUGAACUGUAAAUUUUAAAUUUCUUGAUAUUUCAAUUACUAACUAGUGAUAAAAAGAAAUUUUCUGUUUUUUUUUUUUUACUUUAAAAAUUGUGAUUGUCCAAAUAAUUUAAAAAUAUAAUUAUUGUAUUUAUUUUUCUAUGAAUACUUCUAAGAAGUGGGGAUGUAGUGUAAAAGUUUAUUUAUAAGUGAACCAAAACCUUAUCAAUAUAUUAUAUACAUACAUAUAUAGAUCUAAGCAUAUAUAAUAAUAUUUAUAAUAUGACUACAAUUUAUUCAAGUAAAUUUUGGCAAUUAAGUUUAAAAUUAUGUUGAACCAUCUACUAUUUGUAAUAGUUAAUUUUUUUAAUUGAUAAAUUAUACCCAAUGAAUUUUUUAUUAAUUAAAUAUAUUAUAUUAUUUUGUUA